AUGGAGUUCUACGCUGAUGACCUGGUUCCAUGGCUAGAAAACCAGACCUCGAACCUUGCCACCGGAUCCGCCAGCACAUCAGUAACCAUGGCCAUGGACGCGUUAGUGCCAAGCUCCAACACCCAUUUGCAAACGUUGCGAUCAGAUGCUAAUGGCUCUGUGGGUAUUUUAUGGUAUCAUGGUGGAAAAGAAGGUCGACCGAUCUCCUCGAUCAAUUUCAUCAGGAACCACUUACAAUUUCUAGGGCUAUUCGAAUUCAUCCGGUUAGGAUCUACCUUCGAUUUCAUUAUGAACAAGCACUCAUUUGAUUCUUGGAUGAACACAUCUUCAGAUUCUGGUACUUAUAACUCCACUUCCUCCCAUCUCGGUUUUCCGGUCACAACCAGCACAUUCUGGUUCUUCUUCCUCAAUAUAAACUCAAUGGAAAUCAUUUGUGAUCUUUAUUCUCAAUGUUUAAGUUGUAGGUCAAAUAAGGAAAAAGAAGUUGCAGAAGUUGUUGGUAGCGAUAAAGCGAAGGGAAGAAGAGCAGCAGUGGGUCGCAACAGGGAAAUGGGGCUUAGGUUGCUGAUUUUCGGAGGUAUAAGGUGGGAAAAUGGGUGCUGGCAGUGGUGUUUCUUGGUGGUUUACCGUGGUUGA